ACAAUGCCAACGAGCAGGCCAGAAACGAGCGUUCAACAUCUGCUGGUCCCAAUGGCUCCGUAGCCGACAAGGGUGUCAGCCUUGGUUCUUGGGGUUCCAACAGCGGAGUUUGGGGCUCUGCUAAGAACAGCCUUGGGGUUCAGGCUCCUGUCUGGGGCUAGAUCAUGAUCAUUCCAUGCAUCACAAACUUCCUCCCCUCGGACGAGGUAUCUUGGAGUUUGUUUCGUCUUUUGUUUUUCGUCAUCUCUCAAUUUGCAUGGGUCACAUUUUUUCACGUACGGCAACUAACCAUCAAGAACUGGGCAAGAGGGUGUCUUUGUGGGUUCAUCGGAAACAGCUUAUACCCCCGUUCGUGCAUCACGUUAUGGGAUUCGGUCCUUUUCAUCGAAUCAGGAUACUGGGACAAAGGACUCUAUCCUUUCAGUGAAGGCCAUUCACUGUGUAGGAAAGGUCUCUGUUUGGCUAUUUUGUGUUUGGAGUUUCUUUCUCGUUUGUCAUGUCGGACGUGGGCUGCCAUUGCUAGAGGCAAUGUGCUGGGAGGUCAGAGGGUCUAUGUCGACAUGUUUGUCAAUUGUCUUUUUUCCUUAGGUUUUAGGUGGGCUGGGGGAUCGGGUUGGAGUCUUCAUUCGCUACAACGGGAUUGGUCGUAUGUCAUGGAUAACUUGAAAGGGCGCAUAGAACAGCGCAGGCAGAAAUCUUCGUCUUCUCGAAAUGUAUCAAAAAGCAUGUUUUGUUGGGUCCUGAUGGUCAGGCCGAUCGUUGUCUGUGAACUGUGGAGGGCUUGCUGUUCCCCGGAGCGCAAUAGUGUCCAAAUGGUUGGUGGUGGACAAAACGCAACGGAGAAAGGAAGGAGCUUCCGCCAAGGCUUGAGAUUGGAGCCGUGCGCAGCCCUGGCGUGGGACGAACAGCUGGUGUCAACUGAGAUGGAGAGGGUUCAGGUAGCUUUCGACAGCACAACCACAUCUUCUUCGCACUCCAACCGCCGUCGUAACUGGAAAUUCACGAUCUGUAGAACUCGAAGGCACUAGAAUCAUCUUCGCGACCUUACACCUGUCCUUCAUCCGUCGUCACACGUCGCCAUUAUGACCAUCACACGACUCUGCUAUGCACACCAUGUCCUAACGUAAAUGUGCUCGACAGUCCUCUCCUCGCCCUGCUUCGCCCGUCAACGCCGCUGCUUCGACCGGUUCGAC